AUGCUCAGUCUAGUACCGCCAACGCCGUCCAUACCAAUACGACAUUCAUUAAAGAAGACUUUCGUCUCGUUGAAGGAACAAGAACAACAAGAAGCUGUAAACCUCAUCACAGCGGCAACGAAUUCAUUCAUCGACGCCCUCAACUCCCACAACUUCGAUCCUUCCUCUCCGCCGUGGACGAAGCACCACACAGCCGACUAUACACAUACUGGAAACCGAUUCCCGAAACGGUCCUUGUCGGAAUGGCUUGCGUGGAUGCAAGCGACGGCGGACGAGUUUCCAGAGUAUGCGAUCCAAGCGGUAGAUGUGCAAGUACAGUGCAACUGCAACACCGGCAAGGCGCAUGUGUUUCUGAACAAUCAGACAUGGAAUGCGCCGCGGGGGACUGUACGGAGAGGGUUAGCGGUUACGGAGUGGAGGAGAGAUGGCGAGGGAAAGUGGUGGGUUGUGAAGACUAGAACGUUACGGGGCAUGGGUUUGGAGGACGGAUUGUGA